UAGUGGUGACACAGUGCGCGCAAUUUUUACUAUUAUUUACAAUGGGCAAGAGGAAAAGGUCUUACCGCAAUCUUAAGCGAAAUAAAAGAGCUUUGUCGGUUUCUGCCUACUGGAGAAGACAGAAUACUUCUAACAAUUCUGCAACAGUAUCAACAGCAGAAAGCAACCCAAGUGCACAAGAAACUGAACCGCAUGAAAUUUCAUCACAGAAUGAAAAUGAACAGACAGAAUUGGAUGAUAGUAUGCCACCACUUUUAAUUGAAGUUGAUCAAGGAGGUUCUUCUUGGGAUAAUCUGAAAGGAAACCGGCUCUUCAAUCCUGCAUACGUAAUUCCCAAAAUUCUUAGCCUUCAGAGCAGCCACAAGAAGCAGUGCACUUUGGGUACAAUCCAAUUCAAAAAAGAAAUCAGAAAUGGCUUACAUUGUAAGUGGUUCAUGGAAUGUGAUGGCUGCAAUCGACAAUAUGAGAUACAGAAUGAAGAAUGUGAUAGCAGUGUAAUGAAUAGUACGGGGGCAUGGGCUGCUGUGUCAUCUGGCAUCGGAUUCACACAAUUAGAAAACAUUCUGAGCAUUUUAAAUGUUCCUUCAAUGUCAAAGAACACUUACAUAAAGAAAGAAGUAGAACUAGAUAAGGUUUGGAGCGAGAACUUGGACCGAACCAUAUCAGAUGCAGGGAAAGAAGAAAGAGCUCUGGCUAUUCAAGAAGGAGAUGUAGACGAAGAUGGCAUUCCAUUUACUACAGUCAUUGUGGACGGUGGAUGGGCCAAGCGUUCUUACGGGCAUAAAUACAACUCUCUUUCAGGAGUGGCAGUGAUCAUAGGCCAAAGAACAGGAAAACUUUUGUUCUUGGGCGUAAAAAAUAAGUAUUGUACCAUCUGUCGUCUUCAUUCGGGAGCAGAUAAAGAACCGAAAAAACAUUUCUGCUACAAAAACUGGAGCCAACAAAAGCCAUCCACAGCGAUGGAGCAAAGUGUUAUUGUAGAAGGUUUUUGUAACAGUAUACAAAUGCAUGGUUUAAAGUACAAAUACUUCGUGGGUGAUGGAGAUUCUAGUGUUUAUGCAAGAAUCAUUCAAAAUGUCCCUUAUGGACGUUUUGUGCACAAACUUGAAUGUGCUAACCAUUGCAUACGCAACUAUACCAGUCACCUGCAUACCUUGGCAAGUGAUAAGAGUUUUGACCCAGAGGCUCGACGGAUGCUCAAAUCAGUCAUUCCAAGGCUAACUUCUGCAGCACGAGGUGCCAUAAGGCACUGUGGGAAAGUGGGUGAGAAAGCUGAAGACCUAAUUAAGGACUUGCGAAAUGGUCCAAAUCAUGUAUUUGGAGACCAUUCUGAGUGCCGACCUUACUUUUGCGAAGGCAAUGAAUCUGAUGGUAAAAGGGUAAAUAUUUUACUCGGAUCUGUAUUGUUUGACCAUAUUCAAGGUCUUUUAGGAAGCCUGGUAGCAAAAGCGCCAAGACUUGUGGAAAAUAAAACAAGCAAUGCAGCUGAAUUUUACAUGAGUCUUGUUGCAAAGUUCAAUGCUGGAAAACGUCUCAACUUUACUCAAAGAGGAUCUUUUCAAAGACGAUGCCACGCCGCGGCUUUAAGAUUUCAGAAAGGCCACGCUUGGGAAAUAAGCCCUUUCAGGAAACUGGCAGGAAGAAGCCCUGGACUGAGUCAUUAUAAGGUUAUCCGAAAGAGACAGCAGACAUUAACACGCCGUAAAUUGCAGUUCCAUGACGCGUUCCCUAAAAAGAAAAGAAGCAAAACUGAUACAACUCAUCCAGCAGACAUCGACUAUGGACCAAGCUCUGAACAAGUAGAAGAUGAUCCGUGUGACGAGAUUUCAGAUGCACAGCUAGCAGAAAAGUGUGAGAACUUUGUUGAAUCUCUGAAUGUGACCUCUGAGCAGCAAGAAGAAAUUGCCAUUCAAACUAAAGAUCAGGUACAAUUUCCCGACGGGCCGUCAAACUUCGCUCACCGGCCGGCACGGCGAAUUGUAAACCUCCAUCGGCUGCGGAGGCUCGUGGCCCUGGUCGGGUGGAGUAGAACCGGCAACACUGCGGCCCUCAGCCGUGUCCUGCGCAUGCGCGGGUAG